AUGUCCAGCGUGGAGCCCAACUGGGCCCUGAGAUUAUGACCUGAGCCAAAAUCAAGAGUAGGCCACUUAGCCGACUGAGCCCCCCAGGGACCCCUGGAUACUUGGUCUUCUUCAGGCAGUGGGAGAACUCAGCCACUAGGGCAGUCUUCUGUUUUCCCAUCUAAACUGGGAGAAACAGCACAGCAUUGCAGAAUGAAGAGAGGGCCCAGGGGCAUCUCAGUGGCUCGGUCUGUUGAGUGUCUGCGUCUUGACUAGGGCUCCGGUCAUGAUCUCAGGGUCCUGAGUCUAGCCCCGCAUCGAGAUCUGGGCUGGGCAUGAAGCCUGCUUAAGAUUCUCUCUCCCUUCCCCUCUGUACCUCCCCCAACUCACUUAAGAAAGAUCUUUAAAAAGAGAGAGAGAGAGAGAAAGCCCACAUGCCGGAACAAGGACCUUAAGAAACACCCAAAAACCUUUUGUUUUCCUAUUUCUGUUAUCCUACUUACUCCCUAACACCUAUCACCAACAUCAACUUUGUGGCCAAAGCUGACUUUAAAAAAGUCUGUGAUUUCUCUUCUCAGUUUACAAGAAGCUGUUUCCUACUCCCUAUCCAUUAGAGAUAAAGAAAUAACUCUUCCUACAAAAGGAGUGUCUGUCUUUCUAAUAAUGUUUUAAAUGUUUUGGGAUGGCUUCUUAUCAGAUGAACCUGUCCUUAACAACUAGUAUUUUCAGCCUGUCCUAGUCAAAGUCUGCUCCAGUGAGAGUUCUUUGUUAGGAAACAAAAUUCAACCAAGUAAAUUGGAAGAUCCAAUUGAUUUUAUUGAGCAUUCAUGAAGCAGGCAGCACCCCACCCUGCAAGUAGAGGGGCCCUCCCCUGAGCCACACAGAAGAAAGGCAUAAAGGCACAGAGAGGACAUUAAAAAAGAAGAAGAAGAAAGGAAUUUAUUAGCAAGGAAAGCAUUGUUUAGGCACACUGGUUUCCUGGGGGGAGGGGUGUCUGGGGUCUGUCAGUAAAUCCCUAGGAUUCCUGGGGAAGGGUGCCCAGAAGCAGUACCAACAAAGCCCUCCAAGCAUUUGCUUGUAUAGAGAAAAAGGAACAAUCUGAAGAUGAGCCAAUCUGGAGAGUGGAGAAGCUUUGGGAAAUAUGGGAGGAGAAAGCAAGCAGAGUUCCCGCUACAAUGUCAGCCACGAAGUGUGGUGCAUGCUCCAGCAAACCUGGGAGCCUUGGGCUUGGAACCCAAGACCACAGAGAUGCACAACUGAGACUUGUCUUAGUGGGUAAGACUGGAGCAGGAAAAAGUGCAACGGGCAACAGCAUCCUUGGAGAGAAAGUGUUUCUUUCCAGCCUUGCAGCAAAAUCAGUCACCAAGGUCUGUAAGAAAGGGGGUAGCCGGUGGCAAGGGAGAGAACUUGUCGUCGUGGAUACGCCUGGCAUUUUCGACCCCGAGGUACGGGAUGCUGACACUGGCAAGGAGAUCGCUCACUGCAUCCUCCUGACCUCCCCUGGGCCUCAUGCUCUGCUCCUGGUGGUCUCGCUGGGCCGGUACACGCAGGAAGAGUUCAAGUCCACGAAGAAGGUUCUGGAAAUGUUUGGAACCCAAGCUAGGAGAUACAUGAUUCUCUUAUUCACCCGGAAAGAUGAGUUGGAGGGCAUGAGUUUCCAUAAAUUCUUAGAGGACGCUCCAGACAGCAUGCGAGAGCUGGUGGAUGAGUUUGGGGAUCGCUACUGCCUGUUCAACAAUCGGGCGACAGGAGCUGAGCAGGAGGCCCAGAGAACGCAGCUGCUGGCGCUGGUCCAGCGCGUCAUGGUGGAGAACAAAGGAAAGUGCUUCACCAAUAAGAUGUACCAAAAGGCCGAAGAGGAGAUUCAGAAACAAGUCCGAGUGACACAAGAUUUUUACAGAGCAGAGCUAGAGAGACGGAUAGUGCAGAUCAGAGAGGAGUUCGAAGAGAAAAUCAGAAAGCUGGAGGACAAACUGGAGCAGCAGAAACAAAAGGAAGAAAUGGAGCGAGAAUUAGCAGAGAAGGAGGCUCUCUAUGCUCUAAAGCAGCAAAAUGCCAGAGAUGAAGUUGAGAGUCAAGGUGGGAUACUUGACUUAAUCAUGCAAGCAUUGAAGAUUGCUCAAUUUGUUUUCUUACUUCUGUUUAAGGAAGAUUAAACGGAAUGCAAAGAUCUAUUUCCUGCAUGUUUUCUGGUGGUCCUGCCCCCACAACUCAUUCACCAAAGUCAGAGUGCUCUCAGCUGCGUCUCCCAGGCUCUCCCAACUAAGCGAUGUAAUAAAGUUCACUGUUACUGAUCGGCAGAGGUUUGGUUGACUUAACAGGUGAGGGACAAAUUGUCAGUUUGUGGGACUGCAAAGCAGAAAGUAUGGAUGCUCUCUACCUUGUGAAUUCUUCAAAGAAGAUGACCCCAAACUUUCUCUUUUGCUCCCUAGUAAAAGUUUCUCCUCUAGAUUCUUCCUAGAUUGCUGGAUCAUCUGCCUCUGUGACGUCUACUCCCUUAUUUUCGCCUUUAGGACACAGUGAUCACCUCAUCCAUAUGGUUUGUUAGACAGAUUGGUUUUGUGUUGGGUAAUCUAUAGAUGGAGAGGCUUAUAGAAUUCUUUGCAGAUGAUUGGAAAUUUGUUUAAUUACAUUUUUACAGAAGGACUCAAAUUGUUCCUUAUCAGCUGCCCAUUGAAGAACAAAGAGUCGUCUGGAAAAGAGAUCUCUCGGAACUCAACUAAGUGAAAUGCCAGAGAGAGUGGACAACAGACAGAGAUUCAGCACAUAAGGGAACAACGUUUGCUGUGUUCAGACACAUCUAUAGCAGCUCUUUGACCCAAUUCAGUGUAAUAUAUUUGCUGAAUUAACCAGUUCUCUCCUUUUCUUGUGAAACUCACUGUUGCUACCAACACCUUGAUUACUUACUGCUUUGUAGGUCAUCCGCACACUACCACCCCCCACCCAGUUGAAUUGCUUGCUUCUUGUUACUAUAAUAAAACUUUUCUGUUCUCUCAUACUUGUACAGAAUUGGAGU